CAAUGCAAGACUAGACUGAAACACAAAUACAGAGCAAGUAGGAGGAGAGGAGGGAAGAUCAGAGAACAAGGGAGAUGCCGAUCGGUGGAAUAUUGGAACUGUUGCUCGUCGAUGCAACGAACUUGGGAGGCGACAGAGACUUCGUGGGUGAGAUGGAUCCCUACGUUUAUUUUGAAUACAAAAACCAAAAGCUGAGGAGUAACGUCGCUCGAGGUCAAGGUGCCAACCCUGUAUGGAACGAGAAAUUCAGUCACUGGGUGCAGUACCCAGAGGAAGAUGAUCAAUACAUUCUCACCAUUCGAGUCAUGGACAAAGACAAAUUCUCCCGCGAUGACUCUGUUGGACAAACCAUGAUUGAUGUAAGAGACUUGGUGGCGUUAGGAGUGGAGAAGGGAAUGGCCACCGUGGGACCUUGCAGGUACAGUGUCGUUGGAGCCAAUGGGACUCGAAGUGGAGAGAUCCAAGUGGGGUUUACUUUUAAACCAAAGAUGCUGGAAUGUGGACCGGGAUCUAGAGCUUGGGGCGCAUAACUAUAACUAUGUAUACAUAUCGACUUAUUGCCUUAUUAAGCAUAGUAUAUGAAAAUAUAAGUGAAUAAUGUUUUUGUCCAAUAAUAAAAGUGAUUGAUGUUAUAUGUCAUAACACUUGUACACUUAUUAAUAAAAAUGUGGUGAUCUUAUAGCCUAAUAUUCGCUAUA